CAAUCACCAUCAGUUGAUAAAGCACAGCAUAGCUAUACAAAAUAAAUCAAAAUGAAAUUCGUCAUUGUGUUCGUUGCCCUCUUCGCCGUGGCAUUGGCUGCUCCUCCAGCACAGCAAGUUGAAAUAGUACGUCAGGACUCCGAUGUCCAACCCGACGGUUACCGCUUCGGUUAUGAGACCAGUGAUGGCUCCAAGCACGAAGAACAGGGUCAGCUGAACAAUAUCGGCACAGAUGAGGAAUCCAUUUCCGUCAGAGGUUCAUACAGUUUUGUUGCCGACGAUGGCCAAGUCUACACUGUCAACUACAUUGCCGAUGAAAAUGGUUUCCAACCACAAGGUGCUCAUUUGCCUGUUGCUUAAAUAGACAACUAGAAGUCAACGCGUCGAAGGAUUUUUUGUUUGUACAUUAUUUGUGAGAGUAUUAUUGAGAGAUAAAAUUCAAUAAAAUACGCUUUAUUAUAUUUUUUAUACA